GUCAAAAACCGGAAUUUAUAGGUUAAAUAUUUUUGCUCCUAGCUCCUAGCCAGCGUAAACUUUUUUGUGUUUACGUUUUUUUAGCCAGGAUGGGCACGUAGAUUACUAAUGAUGCUUUAUAUUUGGCUUCAUUAAUCCUUAUCAAACGUUAUUUAUGAUUUAGCCGCCCACACAAGCUCCGAUAUAUAAUGAUGUCGAACAUCUAUAUUUAAUAUGGAUUCGCUUAAUGUGUUAACUAAGAAACAGAAGAUUAUUUUAGGCUUGAUAGUCUUGAUUUUAGUUAAUAUUAUUUGGGUAUCCUCUUCGGAACUUAGUUCGUAUAUGUACAAACAUGAAACCUUCCAAAAGCCUUUUUUCUGUACUUACUUCAAAACAUCCAUGUUUGCGAUCUACCUGUUUGGUUUCGCGUUAUGGCCUCCUUGGAAAGAUAUUUACUGUCCCGGACCAAAUGACUAUAUAUUCCUGGAAACAAACGUUGAAGACGACAUCAAUCUGGAGGAGUCCGCAGAAACUAAACUCAGCAACCCUGUUUUCAUACCUGUGAAAGCUUCUGAUAGGGAUUACAUGGAUAGGAGUUCUGAAACUGAGAGUGACGAUUCUUCACUGAGAUCUGUUAGAUUUAAUAAGAUGGCGGAGGUUAGACAUCUGUCUGAAUCCGAAGCAAGAGACGCUUUGUUAGCAAGAUUAUCAUACCAAGCUUCCUUGCGUGCUUCUGAUAGUAUUAAAAAAGCUUCUCUGAAAAUGCCACUUUGUGAUAUUAUAAAAGUAUCAUUUAUAUUUUGUUUUUUGGUAGUCUUGGCCAGUUAUACUUAUCAAGUAGCUUUAAUUAAAGGUGGGAAUGCAUGUUUAAGUGUAUUUUUUUCAACUUCGACUAUAUUCACAUUGUUUUUAUCUGGAGUAUAUCCUUCCAGCCACAUUGAUAGAUUUACAGUUUCCAAGUUUGUUGCAGUUGUAUUGAGCGUUAUUAGUAUAAUAAUUAUUAAUGUUCAUAACAUUAAAUUAGACGCACAAGGAACUGUUGGAGCUGCAUUAUCUGUCUUAAGCGCAUUUCUUUACGCCAGUUAUUUGGUGUUCCUUAAAAGAGUUAUAAAGGAUAAGGAAGAAAAAAUGGAUGUACCUCUAUUUUUAGGUUUUGUAGGAUUAUUUAAUUUACUCUUCUUUUGGCCAGUACUCUUUGUUCUACAUAUUUCCAAUAUAGAAACAUUAGAACUACCAGACAAAGAACAACUAAGUUUACUGAUUCUCAGCACUUUUAUAGAAUCUUUCAUUCCAGAAGCUUUAUGGCUAUGGAGUCGAUUUUUAACGUCAUCUCUAGUGGCCAUAAUGGCGAAAUGUAUGAUUAUACCCUUGAUAAUGAUCGUUGAUAUUUUGUUUGGGGACAUUGCUUUUACUUAUUCUUUCUUUUUGGGUUUCGUUCCCAUGAUAAUUGCAUUUUUUAUGGUGGUUGUUUAUUUGUAUUUUGACAAUUGGGAUCCAAUAUUUGGUGUUUUACAUAUGGCAUAUGCGAAGUUGUUUCGCAAAACGGCCAUAUUACAUUCUAGACGAAAGGAAACAAGUUCUGAACAAUUAGAAGCCUUAAUCGGUGUGGACAGUAAUAUAGAGUAAGA